AUGUCACAAAUAUGGUUAUUCGUGGGUUAUGACUCCUGCAAGCCGGUCGUGGGCGCCGUGCAAGGCAUCUUAAACGCAGUGAAACAGAUCUGGCCGGUCAACGGAAGGGUAACGGUAAAAUCAGUAAUUUGGAAGUGCGUGAUUUGCUAUAGAAUGAAAACCAGAACUCUGCAAUAUCCAAUAGCCCAACUUCUGACAAAUAGAGACAAAUUCGAGCAACCAUUCUUAGCGGUGGGCGCCGACUAUUGCAGGCCAUUUUAUAUCAAGGAGAAAAAACAGCGCAACGCAAAACGAUUGGUGGCUUAUGCAGCACUAUUUGUUUGUUUUAGCAUAAAGACAAUACACAUCGAAUUAGUCAGUGCUCUCACCUCUGACGGAUUUCUUGCAGCACUGAGGAGAUUCUUCACUAGGCGCGGAAAAUUCAUAGAUUUUUAUAGUGACAAUACUGCAACAUUUACCGAGGCAUAUAAUGAAUUACAAAUAACCAUUGCAACGAUAAACUCCGAAACGAAUAUACAUUUCCGAAACUACUUGUUAAAUAAUAACAUAAGGUAA